AUGGAAAAGGUGGAUCAGCAACUGGUCCAAUGGCGAGUAGAGCGCGUCAACGAUUUCCUUGGUGGCAAGCUCAUCUUGUACUAUAACACAACUACCGACACAGCUGUUGACAAAAUCAUGCGCGCAGCUGAAGGCACUCUCGUCGCUGCCAAGUCUGCUCCCAUUGGUGCAGCAGCUAAAAUGGCUGUUGUAAGUGCAGACUUUUUGCGCAAAUACGGAAGGGCUGGCUUGCUUGGUUUCAUCUUGCGCAAUGAGUUCAUGCAGUCCUUUUCGACGUUAAAGGGGCUGCUCGGCGACCUGGAUAAUCUCGGGUUUCAAGACGCCGCAAUCGGGACCUAUUACUUUAUGGCAAUGAAUCGCGGUGACCGCGGUGCAGAACCUGAAGGAGAAAAGGUGAACCAUAACGGAUGUCAGCCAAUCUCGGAUACACUGCUGCAGAGGAUGCUCAAGUACGCUCCUCUCGCAUUGCACGGCAUUUACGAGCAUAAUGUCCUAGAUAUACAGCGUAUCAGCAGGCUACAAGGAUUCUCAUUGAUUUAUGUGCAUGUGCAAGACCAAGACGUGCGGCACCCUUCCUUUGCGUUGCUGGGCAACAAGGAGAAUAAGACGGCACUUCUGGUCAUUCGAGGUUCGAAAUCCGUCCAAGAUGCACUGACCGAUAUUCAGGCUUUUCCCGAGGAGAUCGGUCUUUCUUCAGCAGGUGCGCCUCAAAGCGAAGCAAGCGGUGGUUUCGUGGAUGCUUUCGCACACAACGGCAUGCUCAAAGCUGUUAUGUGGAUAAAAGACCGUAUCGUCAAAUCGCUGCGUGUGUUACACCACGAGGGCUACCGCAUUGUUUUUACCGGUCAUUCCCUGGGAGCUGGCUGCGCGGCACUGCUAUCGAUUAUACUGCAAAAAGAGUUCGAAGAUCUUGAAUGUUUUGCAUACGCUGUUCCUGCUUGCGUGAAUUUGACCGUCGCCGAGUCAUGUGACAACUUUGUCCAUUCAAUCGUGCUUCGAGAUGAUAUCGUGCCUCGUGCAAAGGCCUCCAACGUUUUGAAGCUCGUUGAUGAGCUGAAGAACUUCAAAGGAUGUUGGCGCGAUACGGCACAUGAAGAUUUGGAAGCAUUCAAGGAGCGGGCAAAGACAUUUUGGGCACCAAGAAAUCGUGAAUGGGCGAAGGACGUGGCUGAUCAAAAGAAGGGGAGACUUGCCAACCAAGAAGAGGUGGGAGAGGGUGCGAAGAACAGUCGUUUGUGCGAAAAAGUUGUCUUGGAUGAUAAAGCAGAAAGGACAGCUAGCAUGGAGGGAAGUGUCUCGUCAUGGACGCUUACGCGAACGAAUCUGAUUGACCAGCUCGACAAGGUCGGAGGAAAGGACUCUGACGAAGAAGCAAUCGAACCAUCUGCAAAAGAUCGCCAAGAGGAAGAAAAAGUGAUUGCAGAUCUAGCGACGGCUUUGGUGGAGGACCCAAAGGAGCUAUACAUCCCUGGCAAAGUGACGCACGUUUAUUUCUACAAAGGAAUCUUUGAAGCUGUACACGUUGGCCGUAAGUGUGGAGAGCUGUCGCACAUUCCAGUGCAGCAGAAUAUGCUGAGCGACCACCUGGGUCGUAACUAUUUAAGUGCGUUACGUAUCGUUCGUGACGCGCGACGCGCUAAGCCAUCACUACCCGAGUGGAUACCAUUCAGCACAAAGACCCGCUGCAUGUGCUGUGAUUCGCCAUUUACUUGGAAUUCGACCUCUUCCAGUGAGGCGCAGCAAAAUCGUGACCAGCAUAAUUGCCGGCGCUGUGGUGCUCUUGUUUGUGAAGGCUGUUCGGAGAAGUUCAAGUCGAUCCCGGAGUUUGGUAUCAAUGUGCCAGUUCGCGUUUGCGAUCGCUGCUAUUACGAGGCUUGA